AUCGAUGACAAAGAAUUUGACAUUCCUCAAGUUGAUACCCCUCCAACACUGGAGAGCAUCUUAAAUGAGACUGAUGAUGAAGAAGAGUCUUUCAUUUUGGAGGAUCCCUUUCUCUUGAACAUUGAUAACACGGAUACACACUCCUAUGACACAUCUUCUGUAGCAAGCUCUGACAGUGGGGACCGGACACACCUGAAAAGGAAGAAAAAACUCCCAGAUUCUCUCUUACUCCAUGGAUCAGUUAUACGUCUCUCGCUUCUGAAAGGAAUUUCUGCCCAAAUAGUAUCUGCAGCAGAUAAAGUGGAUGCUGGCUUGCCCACUGCAAUUGCAGCAUCAAACCUGAUAGCAGUGGGGACUUCCCAUGGGUUAGCACUGAUAUUUGAUCAAAACCAGGCUCUUCGACUGUGUCUGGGCAGCACUGCUGUUGGGGCCCAGUAUGGGGCUAUCUCUGCUCUCAGCAUCAACAACGACUGUUCAAGACUCCUGUGUGGCUUUGCGAAAGGACAGAUCACAAUGUGGGAUCUGGCCAGUGGGAAGCUGCUACGAUCAAUAACAGAUGCCCACCCACCAGGAACAGCCAUUUUGCACAUUAAGUUUACAGAUGACCCAACGCUUGCAAUUUGCAAUGACAGCGGAGGCUCCGUAUUUGAACUGUCAUUUAA